GAUCUUUCUGGAUAAACUCAGGCUGCGAUCCGCCAACAAAUUACAAGAAGGAGAAGAAGACACGAGGUUACUCAUGUGCGUUAUAUGGCUGCUGUUGUCCUGUUCUUACACGAAACAUGGCUGAUCCAAGAGAAACGAUGAUUGAAAAAGGUGAGAAUAUUGUGGAGGGUACUACAAAUACGGCAACAAAAUCUAAGGAUUUCGCCUGGGAGGAUUCGGAUGUGAUAAUGUCGUCGGACUCCGAAGGGGGCGAUAUCGACUCCGAAGGGAGCGAUUUCGACUUCGAAGAUUUCGACUCCGGUGAAGAAGAUUUAUUUUUCGAAGGAUUGGAUCCACGAAUAGAUCGAGAGGAAUAUGUGGAAGAUGAGGAAGAUUUGGAGGAUGAUGUUUGGGAGACACCCCUCCCCAGCAAGCGCUCCUGCCCACCAUUCUCUGUCAUUUCCUCUGGAGGUGUGGGGACUGGGAAAUCUAAGUCUCUACAUAAAAGUGGGACAGGCAGUGGAACCAGACCAACUGAGAACAGAUGGCAUACAAUCCUUGAGGAGGAUGAUGGGGAACCACAGCCCCUCAGGUUUAGACCAAAACGACCGAAUGGCCCACAACUGGUUAAUGAUGCAACAUACAGCCCACUACAACUAUUCCAGCUUUUCUUCACCACACCUAUGCUGGGGACACUUGUUGCUAACACAAACAAGUAUGGUGACCAGAGGCAGCAGGAGGGGAGGAAGAUGCACUGGAAACAUGUCACCAUGGGUGAAAUGCUGAUCUAUGUUUCCCUAGUGAUUUACAUGGGACUGGUCAAGGUUUCCAGACAAGUAGACUACUGGAGCAAGUCCCCACUCUUUAGUUUUGAGUUUCCUGUUUCCGUCAUGACAGAGAACCGAUUUCUGGCCAUCAACCGUACUCUUCACAUGAGUGACCCGCAGCUGGAUCGAGAGAAUGAUCAGAAGAAGGGGACUCCAGGGUAUGAUUGCCUGGCGAGAAUCAAACCCAUGUAUCUUGACAUUGUGGAGGCAUGCAAGAUGUAUUUCCAGCCUGCUCAAAAUAUUUCUAUUGAUGAGCGAAUGGUUGCCUCAAAGGCUCGAAUUGGCAUUAAACAAUGUAUGAAAAAUAAACCGACGAAAUGGGGCUACAAACUUUUUGUGUUAGCCGAUUCAGCCACUGCUUACACAUGGAACUUUUUUGUGUAUGAAGGCAAGGCAAUCACACCUUCUGGGAAGGGCCUAAGUUAUGACUCUGUCAUGCAGCUGAUGGACUUCAAAUUGCUUGGAACUGGGUAUAAGCUCUUUGUUGACAAUUCUUACACAAGUCCCAUGCUUUUUGUAGAUCUAUUGAAAGAAAAAAUAGGGGCUUGUGGCACCAUUCGAUCGAACGCAAUCGGUUUCCCCAAGACCAAGGUAAACGACAUGCCGAAGACAGCGAAGAGGGGGACCUUACGUUGGAUCCGGGACGACAAGUUGCUUUUCGUCAAAUGGAAGGACACUAGAGAAAUAACGAUGCUCACCACGCUACACAAGGCAUUCAAUAAUGACUGUGCUUCAAAAAGGGUCAAACAUGCCACUGGGGCAGUAAUUUGUAAGGAUGUCCCCAUUCCUGUUUGUGUGAAGGACUACAAUGCUAACAUGGGGGGUGUUGACAUAUCGGAUGCUCUGAUAGGUUACUACCAGGUCCUACACAAGUGCAUGAGGUGGUACAAUACUUUCUUUUACCACUUUCUGGACAUUGCUAUUGUCAAUUCUUUUAUUCUGCAUAAAGAAAUGGCCAAAUUGAAGGGUCAAACCCCUCUCUCCCAGUUGGACUUCCGAAAGAAGCUGGUGUUGGAAAUAGCUGAAUUGGGUGCCCAUAUGAACGGUACGACCAUCUCAAAACCCCCCCCUCGAGGUAAACGCCAUUAUCCUGUACACUUGCCGAAAGACAAAAGGAUGAACUGCAAGUAUUGCACAACAGUCAGGCAGAAACCAAAGAUUAAAUGCCGGAUGUUCUGUCCGAAAUGCAAGUUCGCUUUUUGUUUCCUUGGAGAAAGGGAGUGCUUCAAGGAGUACCACGACAUGCACAACCUAUGGGGAGAGUGAAAGAUACUCUUACACACUGGAUGUAAAUUGAACACUAAUACCAUGUUUUUAACAAUCAGUAAUUGAGUUGUAGCUUGUCCAUGAACGAUUAUUAUUCAGAACUCCUGUCUAUAUUCUGAUUAUUUCCUCAUCAUCACCCAGGUGUCUUCUUUCUAAUGCUACCAGAAUUUAGCAUGUCCUGGCAACAUAAUUGCACAUAGCAGUUACAUUUUGGUAUGUAUGUUUAGGCAGAAUUCUACUAAUAUGUACUUUCACAUUCACUUUACGAAUUUGGUUAGUGACACUUUCUUAUUAAAUGAAAACCCAUGUGUCACUCCAAGAGCAUCCAGUUGCAGCCCUGCAGAUUGGGCUGAAUUAGUCAUACCUCUGCUUCAUCAUUUCCCAACUCACUCCUUAUUGAGCGUGAUUUUCAGCUCCAAAACGUAAACGAGAACACCAUACAUCCGCAAGUUUUACGACACAAACAUGGCAAACACUAUUGCAUUAAAUGAGUAGUUAAACGUUUUAUUUUUCAUUCAGUAUAAUAGCACACUAUGUUUGAAUAUCUCAAAUCAACCGUAAUUGCUAAUAUUUCUCAAUGAAAUUGCGAUUCAAUAUUUAUUUUAUCGUGCAGCCCCACUUACACAAUUAAAGACAGUACAUGUAAAACCUACAUCUAAAUUAUAACAAUAUCAUUUAGAAUAUAUUAGCAUAGCUAUUACUAGUAUUACUCAAAUCACUAACAAACGAUACCAAUUUUUAGUUGUACAUCGACUAUGAUCAUAUUAUUUGCAUAGAUUUGCCAAAUUUUCCCAAGCAUUCAAGCUCAACACCAAAUCAAACUCUAAAAUGUUUUAAUGUGCAUUAACAAGAGAUUUUCUCAAUGAGACAACUUGUAUAACUAUAGUCCAUUAUCCUGCCAUAAAAUUGACAUUCUGGGCACUGUCCAGGAAAUCAGGGGUCUGUAAAAUAUACCUGGAGAACCCCCCUCGCAUCUUGUUACUGGAGUAUCCCACAGAGUCUCCACUCUCUGCAAAUUAAAGUCUCCAAUGGGACACUUUUUCCCUUACAGCCCGGGGCAUCUUGUUGAGGUUCACUACACCUAAAUCAAGAACAGAGGGAAAUUGAUUAGAAUGAGCAUGCUUAUAUUUACAAUACUACCCAACACAACAUAAUACAUGAAACAGGUGAAACACUACCAGCAGACAGACUACUGUCAUAUUUCAAUCAACUGUGAUCUAACAUUAUAAUGCUGUAGCUCUUCCACCCUGAACACAAGUUUGAUAAGGGAAUAUUUCUACAUUUAAAUUGUAAGAAAACAUACUUUACAGUAUAGUCAUAUGUGUUGAUUGGUACCUGGAAACUUUGUUUUCUAACAGAAAAUACUCUCCAGCCAGCCAAAGUGGGCCAGAGUUGUCCAUGAAGACACUUUAAAUAGGUUAAUAUAUUCUAAAAACACAUGACACUGACAGUUUAAUUCACAAACAUCCUGAUUUUCUUUUCAGAAUAAGGCCAUUAAUAGUUCACUAGGAACAAUCCCAUGAUUAAUAGUAUUGUGUAUAUGGAGUAAUUCUUGGAUAAUCAAUGCUGUCCGGUUGUUUUAGGUGUGAAAUCGCUUCUGCAAUAAUUUUGCUCAAAGCUAACCUAAACCUGUAACUACCUACAUAAUUACGUUAUAAACAAGGUGUAGCUACAUUACUAUAGCUAGCUACUGUAUAUAGCUACUGUACAGUAGCAAUCUUUGUGGCCAGGUUUACAAGUAGGGUUACCACCUUGAAUGUGGAAAAAUAAGGGACACCAUUGCCAGCGGCCACAAGCCUGGGGGACACAAAAGUCGGGGGGUCUGGUGGUCCUCCCAGAUGAGAUUUUGAGUGUCAGAAAUGUCAUUUCCUGCAUUUGCUGAAUUUCUAUGUACCAAUUGUGGUUUUUAUGAAUCAAUUUCAGUCUUCUGCUACUCUCAACAUGAAUGUAAUGGAAAUGGUCAAUAAGAGACAAGAACAAUUAUAUUAGGAAUAAAAACAUCAGAUCAUGGCCAUGGGCAGGAAGUUUGAUCUUUCUAAAUAAACUAAUUGGUAUAUUUGGAAGAAACAAGAACCCAUCCUCCGGGAAGGAUGAGUUAGCCUCGUUUUGUUUGUUGCUGCUCCUAUGCUCUGGAAUAGUCUCCCAUCCCACAUUAAGUCCCAGUCCACCAUUGACAAUUUUUUUAUCAAAUUUAAAGACCCACCUUUUUUUUCUCUUGCUUUGAGUUCAGUCUGAGGCUGUCCCUUGGUUUUUGUCAAGUCCACUCUUUACUUAUGUAACGACCACUUACUGUGUUUUAAUCUGUUGUUGGUUUUAUUCAAUUUCUCUUAACUUCUUAUUGUAUUACUUUGAUCUGGAUUGUAUCAUUUUAGUUGUCUUAAAUGUUUUCCAUUUUAGUCCUGUCCUCUAUGUAUAGUAUGUACUGUAUUAUUGCAUUACAUUGUCUUGUUGCAUUUUAUGUAUUAUUUCUUCAAUCAUGUAUACAGACCUGGGCAUUGCCUCCCAGCAAGAAUGUUUUGCACCCCAAAAAUAGUUUGGGGAAGAUGCUUCCUAAUACUGUACUUCACUAAUAACUGUUGGGAAUGUAGACUAGUUCUCUUGCCUUCAUCUGCAAAUGCAAUCGAAGAUGUGCUUUACAUCAUUAAGCUACAAAGAAUGUGUAACUACUGUAGUUAAUAAAAGCUUUUGAAUUUGA